AUGAAGUUCACCAACUCCCUCGUCGCCUCUGCCCUCUUCCUUGCCUCUCAGGCCGCUGCUCAAUGCCGCGUUUUCAACUUUAUUGUCAGCGGUUCCUCCAACCCGGACCUCAAUGGUCUCGUUCUCCAGAACUACAAUGGUGAUGCCGUCGUCAACGCUGCCGCCCCCACCGUUGAGGCCUGGUGGGACGAUGUCGCUCCUGUAGAGCUUAAGGUGAACGGUAUCGAUGGAGAUGGUGCCGACAGCGUCUUUUUGAUCCCGAUUGGGACUACUGGUGUAGAGCAGCUGGCCUUUGCAGACUUUGCCGUGGCAGAGGCACGCUUCUCGGACUGGGCUAUCACAGACGGCCUCCUGACCUAUGGUGAUGUGGCCGACAGAUUUUAUGCAUUCCCCUACAGUGCUGUUGAGGGUGCUUACACGUUCCGCUGGGUUCCCGAGGGCGUCAUCACCACCACUGAUAGCUUCCCAGUCGACUUGCAAUUGGUUUGCCCGUAA